AUGGCUGGAGACUCUGAUAAUGUGUCGCUUCCCAAGGCAACCGUACAAAAGAUGAUAUCUGAAAUACUGGACCAAGACUUGAUGUUUACCAAGGACGCGAGAGAAAUAAUAAUCAACUCCGGUAUAGAGUUCAUAAUGAUCUUGUCCUCAAUGGCUUCUGAAAUGGCGGAUAGCGAGGCCAAGAAAACCAUAGCGCCGGAGCACGUGAUCAAGGCUCUUGAAGAAUUGGAGUAUAACGAGUUCAUACCAUUUCUAGAGGAGAUAUUAUUGAACUUUAAAGGUUCUCAAAAGGUAAAAGAGACUAGAGACUCUAAAUUCAAGAAGUCAGGUCUUUCUGAAGAGGAACUGCUACGACAACAAGAGGAGUUAUUUAGACAGUCGAGGUCAAGAUUGCACCACAAUAGCGUAUCAGAUCCCGUGAAAUCAGAGGAUUCUUCAUGA